AUGGAUAUCAAGAAUGCAUUUCUCAAUGGUGAUCUCAUUGAGGAAGUUUAUUUGCAACCCCCUCCUGGUUUUUCUGUUCCUUCAAACAAGACAGAGCGCGAUAUUAUUCUCUUUCUCCUCUAUGUGGAUGAUAUGAUUAUCACUGGAGAUGACACAGUGGGUAUUUCUAGUCUCAAACAGUUUCUUCAUCGCCAGUUUGAGAUGAAAGAUUUGGGUGCACUUAGCUACUUCCUUGGCUUGGAAAUUUCUCAAGAUUCCUCUGGUUAUUUUCUUACCCAGGCCAAGUAUGCUUCUGAUCUCUUGGCUUGUGCUAGCCUUAUCAAUUGCAAGAUUGUCACUACUCCAGUUGAUCCUCAGACUCGUCUUACACCUCUUGAUGGCCCCCUAUUGUCAAAUGCCACUUUAUAUCGUCAGCUAGUUGGUAGUCUUAUGUAUCUCACAGUUACUCGUCCAGAUAUUGAACACUUCAACCUAUUUGUGGCAGUUUAUUGA